AUAAAACCGAGUGUUAAAGUUAUUCAUUACACAGUUUGACUUCAAACCUGCCAUAAAACACCGGUAUGCAUGAAUUUCGUGAUGAAAUUGAAAAGAGAGGAGAAUCUUUUGAACAUCAUGGAUGAUGACUUUGAUCGCCGCAUGGAGCAGAGGAGACAGAGGAGAGAGCAGAUGCGCAUCGAGACUGAAAAGGGGGGUUACACCAACGAUGAUGAUGAUGAGGAAGCUCGGGAGCAAAGGAGACGUGCAAGGGAGGAGAGGAAGAAGAUGAGGGACAUGGAGCCGUCUGGAACUGGUGAUGUGAUCAACACUAACAGUGAGACAGUGACUGAAUCCUCCACUACCAACACCGGCGCUGAAGGUACAGAUGAUGACCAGGCUUUGCUGGAGCGCCUAGCCAAGAGGGAGGAGCGCAGGAAGAGGAGAAUGCAGGAGGCCCUGGAAAGACAGAAGGAGCUUGACCCCACUAUUGGCACCACCAACGGCACAGAUAGCACACUAGAAGAGCAGUCCUCCAUCAGCAGCAGCACACAGCAACAAACAGAGGAAAAGGAGGAGAACAAGGAGGAGAAACCAGCCCAAGAGGAGGUGGCAGACACUGAUACUAACUCCUGGAGGAAAGAGGAAGAACACAAGAAGGAAGAGGAGAAGGAAUCUGUUGAGGUAUCGAGCACACCGACCACAAGAAAUGAGGAGGAAGUCGAGCAGCCCGAUUUAGCAAAGAAAGAUGCUGAAGAGGAGGCUGUUCCUGAUGUUGAUAAGGAGGAAGAAGAAAGGAAAAGAAAAGAAGAAGAGGAAAGACAGCAGAAAGAAAUGGAAGAAAAGCAGAGGAUAAAGAAGAAAGAGGAAGAGGACAAACUCAAAAAGAAGGGGCUGGAAGAGAAGAAGAAGAAAGAGGAGGAGGAGAAGCUGAAGAAAUUUGGUUUUAAAGAAAAGAAUGAACCAGCCAAACAGAAUGGAGCUCUCAUUGAGAAUAAACUCAAGAAAACAGAGAAGACAUCAAGGGACAACGUUCCCUCCUCCAAGGCAGACAGUGCGGAGCAACAGGAGGCUGAGCGUAAGCUGCAGGAGCUGAAGCGCCGGCGAAAUAAUGCGGAAAGUGAAGAAUUUGAGAAGAUGAAACAGAAGCAGCAGGGUGCGGAGGCUGAGCUGGAGGAGCUGAAGAAGAAGAGAGAGGAGAGGAAGAAGAUCCUAGAGGAGGAGGAGAAGCAGAAGAAACAAGAGCUGGAGGACAAGAAAAACAAAGAACAGGAGGAGAGGAAGAGGAUGAAAGAGGAGAUAGAGAAGAGGAGGGCGGAGGCUGCAGAGAAGAAGAAGCAGAUGGAGGAAGAGUCUGUCAAACCCAGCUUUGCUGUCAGUCCCAAAGGCUCCUCUAAGAUUGGGGAGAAAGCAGAAUUCUUGAGCAAAUCAGCUCAGAAAAGCAGUACACCCAGAGUGUCACACACUCCAAUUGUCUCCAAGAUAGGCAACAGACUGGAACAGUACACUUCUGCCAUCCAGGGAAACAAAGAUCCCAAGUCCCCCAAGUCUCCCAUGGCAGAUAUUCCAACAGGAGGCACUCGCAGCAUCAAGAGCAUGUGGGAGAAGGGCAACGUUGGCAGCUCCUCUGAAAGUCCAUCCCCUGCAAAUAAGGAUUUGGCUGGUAUCAAAGGAGGCGUUGCCGGACGUGUCAACAGUUGGAUGGCAAAGCCUGCAGAGGCGGAGAAGACAACACCGGCACCAGCAGCAGGAGCAGCAGGAGCAGCAUCGCCAACAGCAGCAAAGCCAGCAGAUGCGAAACCAGGUGAUGUUGGUAACAAACGUGGCAUGUGGGAAACCAAGAAGAGCUCUACGCCUGCCAAGGUGACAGUUGGAGGCAAGGGCAAGUUCGUCACUAAUGCAGCCGUGAGACCCUAACUAUUGACAUCCGAGCUUUACCUGACCAAAUACAAGACUCUGCUACUGUAUGUGCAUCCAUUUCCCAUCAGCGUACCUGUGUUUUGCAUGAAGUUCCCACCAGAACGAGGAAAAGAUGAGAGACCAGGAUAAGUGAUGUUAAAGGUUUUCUGCGUCAAAGUCUUCCAGCUAUAUUUUUAUGAGUAACUUUUGCACUGUCCUGUAAUUUAACUCAGCCAUCCUUUUCCUCAGAAAUAUAAAAAAAAAAAAAUGUUUCCAUCAGAUUUUAUUAGAUAUUUUUCAGUAGUAGUGUGGGUUUUCAGGGCAAAACGCCUCACAUUACAUGCUUAAAGGAUAGUGAUUAGAUAGAUUGUGUGAUAAUCAUCUGUUUAAACAAUAUUAGCCUGUUCUGUCCCAGUCACAAAGUUUAAAUAAGAGCUACAGCAAGUUUCAGAUGUGCUGUCAGGAUGCUUAAAUGUCACGUUGCUUUCAAACCACACCGACAUGUGUCCUCUUCUCUGAUGUUAUUGUUACAUAGCUUACACCCAGUCAUAAGCAUACACACUCACUGCUUUCUAUGAUGAUAGUCACUGUUUUGACUCGAUGUGGUGUCCCUCUCACAGCCUUUGAAUUGUUUAAGUGUACUGCCACUGAGCUGGAUGCUGGAUGAUUAGCCUGUACAUAUUUGAUUUGUUUCGUAAGUCGGUACCACUUUAUAAUAAGGCACACUUUAAGCAUGGUUUAUAAAUUGUAACAAUUGAUUUCAUCAAUAGUUAAUAAAUAGUUUACUAAUGCUUCACAGUUCAGCCAUUAAUAAGAACAACUUAAGGUUUGUCAAGUCGUGAGAAACCCAUUAGCCUCCUACAGCAUGACACUGGCUUUGUCUUUUUUGUCAAGGAAGCAGCGAGGCUCUCGGGAUGUUGGUCAAUCGAUCCACCAUUUCCAGAGUGAAAUAUCUCAACAGCUAUUGCCAUAAAAUUACACAUUUAUAUUCCCCUCAGGAUAAACUGUAAUAACUUUGGUUAGCCUUUGACUUUUAAUCUUGCACCAUCAUCAUCAAAUACUUCCAAAACUGUGGUGGACAUUAUACUUGCUAAGCAUCAGCAUGUUAGCAUGCUGACAUUAGCAUUUAGCUCAAAGCACCACUGUGCUUAAAGAGUUCAUAUUAUGCCCCUUUCCCGGUUUUAAUAUUUUCAUUUUUGUGGUAUAAUUACAAACAUUUGUAUGUUUUUAUGGUAAAAAAAAAUAUCUAGUUAUAGCCGUACAAGCCGUGGAUGCAGUCCGUCCGUCUCAGUCGUCCUGAAACAGGCUGUUUUGUGUCUGUCCCUCUCUUCUGAUUGGCUGACUGUUUUCUGAGUGACGUACGCCCAGGCCAACCACAGUCCAACCAACUACAACGGAUUGUAGCACACAGAGAGCAGAGGAGAGGAAAGAAACUAGCGUGAUAGCAAAACGCAGUAGAGACUCUCACAUUGAGCUGAAAUGAAACAAGUGCACAUAAAUUAGGUAGAAAAAACAUAUUUUUUGUUUCUUUCAGGAGGGGUGGGGAGGUCCCGUUGGAGGGGCUGGCCAUCCCUCCAAGGCAAACGCUGAGUGUAUAGUUGUGACAUCAUAACCUUAUGGAAGUCCAAACAGCUCGUUUAAAGGCACAGUUUCUGAAUACUGGCUGUGUGCAUUUCUCUGUGGAGUGUUUUCAUACCUUCACAGUAUUUAUAAAGCACCUAGAUCUGCUUUAUACUCAAAAAAGAAAUGGAAAUCUCCCUUUCUACAGUCUGUCCCAUAAGAUAAGGCUGGUGAUUUUCUAUAUUUUUCUUACUGUCAUCAAAUCUCAUGUGCAGAGCCAAACAAUGAACUCAUCCUACUUACAUUGUGCAUGUAUCCAAAGUCUGAUAUAUCUUAUUCCUCUGCACCAUAGAGCUCUGUCAAAAAGUCACACUGCUACACUGAGUAACACGGUCCUUCCUCCCUGAAGAGUUUGUUUACCGUAGCUUGUUUAGAAACGGCUCCAAA